AUGCUUAUCAACCUGACUGUGUCCGUCAAGGAGUCCCUUGUCUUUCAUGGAACGCCACCCACCAGCCCUCGCGGUGUUGCACCCCUCGUCUUGGAAGUGACAGCCAUGGACACCCUCCCUGUCCUUCCUUGCCCUACCCCUGCUCCCCUACCCCUCACCCCUGCUCCUACCCCUCCGCCACCACCUCCUCCCCCUCCUCCUCCCCCACCUCCCUCCACCUCCUCCUCCUCCUCCUCUCCUCUGACCCGUAUGGACGCGGCCAGCCGUAGACGGCUGAGGAAACUGAACUGGGAGCAGAUCCCUAAGGAGAAGGUGGAGGGGAGGAAAAGUGUCUGGAGUGGAGCGGCUACGGAGGAGGAAGAGUUCCCUAUAGACCUCCACUCUCUGGAUGAGUUGUUUGGACAGAAGGACAGUAAACCUCAGGACAGAGCCGGGAGUUUGAGACGGAGGUCUGUGCUGAUGCGAUGCAGUUCACCCAAGGACAACACCACAGAUAAGGUGAGAUAGCUGGGAGAGGAUGAGAGGGCUGGAGAUGACUGGGAGAGACUAGGUAUGGGAUAGGAGAGACUAGGUAUGGGAUAGGAGAGACUAGGUAUGGGAUAGGAGAGACUAGGUAUGGGAUAGGAGAGACUAGGUAUGGGAUAGGAGAGACUAGGUAUGGGAUAGGAGAGACUAGGUAUGGGAUAGGAGAGACUAGGUAUGGGAUAGGAGAGACUGGUAUGGGAUAGGAGAGACUGGGUAUGGGAUAGGAGAGACUGGGUAUGGGAUAGGAGAGACUGGGUAUGGGAUAGGAGAGACUGGGUAUGGGAUAGGAGAGACUGGGUAUGGGAUAGGAGAGGUAUGGGAUAGGAGAGACUGGGUAUGGGAUAGGAGAGACUAGGUAUGGGAUAGUGAGAGACUAGGUAUGGGAUAGGAGAGACUAGGUAUGGGAUAGGAGAGACUGGGUAUGGGAUAGGAGAGACUGGUAUGGGAUAGGAGAGACUAGGUAUGGGAUAGGAGAGACUGGGUAUGGGAUAGGAGAGACUGGGUAUGGGAUAGGAGAGACUCGGUAUGGGAUAGGAGAGACUGGGUAUGGGAUAGGAGAGACUGGGUAUGGGAUAGGAGAGACUGGGUAUGGGAUAGGAGAGACUGGGUAUGGGAUAGGAGAGACUGGGUAUGGGAUAGGAGAGACUGGGUAUGGGAUAGGAGAGACUGGGUAUGGGAUAGGAGGAUGGUAUGGGAGACUGGGUAUGGGAUAGGAGAGACUGGGUAUGGGAUAGGAGAGACUGGGUAUGGGAUAGGAGAGACUGGGUAUGGGAUAGGAGAGACUGGGUAUGGGAUAGGAGAGACUAGGUAUGGGAUAGGAGAGACUAGGUAUGGGAUAGGAGAGACUGGGUAUGGGAUAGGAGAGACUAGGUAUGGGAUAGGAGAGACUGGGUAUGGGAUAGGAGAGACUGGGUAUGGGAUAGGAGAGACUGGGUAUGGGAUAGGAGAGACUGGGUAUGGGAUAGGAGAGACUGGGUAUGGGAUAGGAUAGGAGAGACUGGGUAUGGGAUAGGAUAGGAGAGACUGGGUAUGGGAUAGGAUAGGAUAGACUGGGUAUGGGAUAGGAUAGGAGAGACUGGGUAUGGGAUAGGAGAGACUAGGUAUGGGAUAGGAGAGACUAGGUAUGGGAUAGGAGAGGUAUGGUAUCCAGGCUCUGUCGCCGCCGGCCGCGACCGGGAGACUCAUGGGCGGCGCACAAUUGGCCCAGCGUCGUCCAGGGUAGGGGAGGGAAUGGCCGGCAGGGAUGUAGCUCAGUUGAUAGAGCAUGGCGUUUGCAACGCCAGGGUUGUGGGUUCGAUUCCCACGUGGGGCCAGUAUAAAAAAAAUAUGUAUUCACUAACUGUAAGUCGCUCUGGAUAAGAGCGUCUGCUAAAUGACUAAAAUGUAAAUGUAAAUGUAUGGGAUAGGAGAGACUAGGUAUGGGAUAGGAGAGACUAGGUAUGGGAUAGGAGAGGUAUGGGAUAGGAGAGACUGGGUAUGGGAUAGGAGAGACUGGGUAUGGGAUAGGAGAGACUGGGUAUGGGAUAGGAGAGACUGGGUAUGGGAUAGGAGAGACUAGGUAUGGGAUAGGAGAGACUAGGUAUGGGAUAGGAGAGACUAGGUAUGGGAUAGGAGAGACUGGGUAUGGGAUAGGAGAGACUGUAUGGGAUAGGAGAGACUGUGUAUGGGAUAGGAGGACUGGGUAUGGGAUAGGAGAGACUGGGUAUGGGAUAGGAGAGACUGGGUAUGGGAUAGGAGAGACUGGGGUAUGGGAUAGGAGAGACUGGGUAUGGGAUAGGAGAGACUGGGUAUGGGAUAGGAGAGACUAGGUAUGGGAUAGGAGAGGACUGGGUAUGGGGAUAGGAGAGACUGGGUAUGGGAUAGGAGAGACUGGGUAUGGGAUAGGAGAGACUGGGUAUGGGAUAGGAGAGACUGGGAGAGGACUAGGUAUGGGAUAGGAGAGACUAGGUAUGGGAUAGGAGGACUGGGUAUGGGGAUAGGAGAGACUAGGUAUGGGAUAGGAGUGACUAGGUAUGGGAUAGGAGAGACUAGGUAUGGGAUGAGAGACGGGUAUGGGAUAGGAGAGACUGGGUAUGGGAUAGGAGAGACUGGGUAUGGGAUAGGAGAGACUGGGAGAGACUAGGUAUGGGAUAGGAGAGACUAGGUAUGGGAUAGGAGAGACUAGGUAUGGGAUAGGAGAGACUAGGUGUGGGAUAGGAGAGACUAGGUGUGGGAUAGGAGAGACUGGGUAUGGGAUAGGAGAGACUGGGUAUGGGAUAGGAGAGACUGGGUAUGGGAUAGGAGAGACUGGGAGAGACUAGGUAUGGGAUAGGAGAGACUAGGUAUGGGAUAGGAGAGACUAGGUAUGGGAUAGGAGAGACUAGGUAUGGGCUAGAGGCAGACACUGACUGGCAUCGAGGAUAGGUGUAGUUUCAACUGACACUGACUGGCACCGACGCUAGGUGUACUUUAAACUGACACUGACUGGCACAGAGGCUAGGUGUAGUUUAAACUUUGUUUGAUGCCAUUCCAUUUGCUCCGUACCAGCCAUUAUCAUGAGCCGUCCUCCCCUCAGCAGCCUCCACUGAUAUUCCGGUAGACUACUGACUAUUAUUCCACCUUGAUGAUAGUAUCUGACAUGUUCUCUGUGUGUGUGUUUGCAGGUCUCACUACUGGACUCCAAACGCAGUAUGAAUGUUGGAAUAUUUCUACGGCAGUUUAAGACGUAAGGAUCUACUUCCCUUUCCUCAGCACACUCUUUCAUUUUUCUAUGAAGUAUUUAUUUGUAAUAAAUAGAAGGUCCUAGAGAGUACCUGGUGCUCUGGUAUCAGAGGUCAAGCACCAUGAAUCAGAGUCUGUAGGAGGAAACACAAGGGGCUAGGACUGCACCCAGGGGAACAACCAUUCACACUGGAGAGGAUGGGCUCCUAUCAAGGAGGGGGAAGUGUGUCAGUGUGCGCACGUGUGAGUGUGCGCAUGUGUGUUAGUGUAAAGACGUGGUCUGAGUGAGUGUGUGUGUGGGGGGGGGGGGGGGGGGGUCGUCUAAGUGUGUGGGGACAAGGUGUGUCAAGAAGGUGACUGGUGCAGAUGAGAUUUACAUUUUAGUCAUUUAGCAGACACUCUUUUCCAGAGCGACUUACAGUUAGUGAGUGCAUACAUUUUUCAUAGAUGGCAUCCUGCCUUUGCUGCUGGACUGUAGGGGGGCACAGGGUAGGUGUAGGGCGCGGGGUAAAAUGGUGACCCAGGGGGGUCAAAGUUGACACCUGCUCAGACCCUUAAGGAGAGCUGCCCUCCAGUAGAGAGUCAGACAUAGUGUGCAUCUCAAAUGGUACCCUAUUCCCUUUAUAGUGCACUACUUUUGACCAGAACCCAUGGGGAAUAGGGUGCCAUUUGGGACACACAGCUAGUCCUCUUCCUCUACUCUAUAGUUUGAGUCUGUAAAUUACUUUUAAAACGACUAGUAGUGCUUUUCUAUAGCUUUAUGUUUUCACUGUUAUUUUAUGUAGAGUUCAGAUGUUAGGUUUUAAAUCGGUGUACUGUUUGAAAGUAAUGUCUCUUUGUUGAUGCUGCAGAUGUGGUUGGUGUCUGUGUGUGUGUUUGUCGCUGUGGGUCAUAAAUGUUUCUUGCUUCGGUACUUUUGUCAAAUGUGUCUCGCGUCGUCGACUGAGGGAGGAUCAAGUCUAUCAGCGCAGCCGAUGACCCCUUAUCGCGUGAGAGCACCAUGCCUUCUCCACAGCCUCCACUUACUCAGUGCUUGCUCUAGCCUGCCACGAGAAACCACUGAACUCACUGGGAGUCUGGGCAGCAUCAUGUUAGCUCCCCGCUCAUGCUGCGCAGGAGUUAACACACUUGUUGAAACUGCUAAUUACUGUUCACUAAACAAUGUCCAGUACAGGCUAGAACACCACAGAAGAUGACGGUAGCUAGCUUUGUAGGCUAACUUUCCUUGCUAGCUUACAGCUGAAGACAACAUCAAUUCACUGCCCUAGUACCUUGUUUGUGAUAAUAUGCAAACCAUAACUCAAAAUAUUGUCACCAAAAACGUUAUUCACUCACUUCGUUUCCCCCGCCUCUCCCCGUUAAGAUCUUUGCUUGAGCCUGGAACCGACUUUGUGUGUGAAUGACGUCAUGGGUCUUAACGAGACCUCGCACACGUUUUAAUAAAAGAAGAGAUUGCUUCUUCUAUGCAAAUGUUGUUGAUCAGUACAAUAAAAUAAGUCCAGAAUGGAAGGUAAACCGUUUUUCAUCUGUAGCCCCAUGAAAUCAGCCAAAACAAGAUCAAUAACUCAAUGCAUGCACACACUCCUAUUGAAUAUGUAUUCACCUGUAUUGUGAAGAGGCCUAGGCUACAUCUUGAUUUACCCUGUUUAUCUAUAGAGAUUUACCAUUCAAAUAAAUGAUUACCAUUAUGUUAUGUGGUUAGAUUGGUAAAAAAAAUAUUCACAUUGAUUGUGUGAUUUGUAUAAUUGAUUCAUUAAUGCAUACAUAUAAAAAAAUAAAUAAAUGUAAUGAUAUUGAACUCAAAAGAUCUGUCUGGAUCAAGUGCCAUUCUGUGACAUUGGCUAAUACGGCGCCUUUUUUUUGCCGUGGUAUCGUUUUGAUAUCGAGUAUCGGGUAUCGUGGUUCUAACUCUGGUAUCGAAGUAAAGAUUCUGGUGUUGUGACAAUACUAGUGGGUAUGAUGGUAGCGACCAGACGAUGCCCUCUUGCAGAGCAGGUAUGUUGUCAUGCCCGUGCGUGUACUGUACACAGAGUUCACAGAGAUUCAAUUGUGCGCAUCCUAAUUGAAUAGAGCUUUUCUCUCUCUGAACAACAUAUGCCAGAACAUGUAGUUGAAAGCCUUUAUGAAGAGAGAAGAGCCUCUCCUAUGGACAGAAGCAUUUGUCUUCUUACAUAGAGCUUGUUUGUCUUGUGUGAGUGUUGUCGCAAGGUACUUUUAGAUUUGCGGUAUGGGUGGGAGUAGUUUGAACAGAUUGGUCCCUUCGUGAGACACUAGGGUAUUAGUAUGUGUACUACCUAUUUCAGCUAUUAUUGUAUCCAGCGUUCAGUUCUGCAUAGAAAUAACAGGCCGGAGGCUACAAAGGCAGAGAGGAAGAAAAAAAACUUUUAUUGAACUCUUUUGAAUCAGGAUAACCCCAGUUGAGCCACGUGUAUAAUCACUCCUCCACUACAGUUAGUGUUAUCUGUGAUUCAGACAGAGCUGUGGCAUCAGUGAACAGAGGGCCAACAGGCAGUCAUGUUUUCUCUCAAAAUUUGUGAACACAUUUGUUUAAAUCCCUGUUAGUGAGCAUUUCUCCUUUGCCAAGAUAAUCCAUCCACCUGACAGGUGUGGCAUAUCAAGAAGCCGAUUAAACAGCAUGAUCAUUACACAGGUGCACCUUGUGCUGGGGACAAUAAAAGGCCACUCUAAAAUGUGCAGUUUUGUCACACAACACAAUGCCACAGAUGUUUUGAGGGAGCUUGCAAUUGGUAUGCUGACUGCAGGAAUGUUCAUUUCUCUACCAUAAGCUGCCUCCAACGUCGUUUUAGAAAAUCUGGCAGUAUGUCCAACCGGCCUCACAACUGCAGACCACGUGUCACCACGCCAGCCCAGGACCUCCAUAUCCGGCUUCUUCAGCUGUACGAUCAUCUGAGACCAGCCACCCGGACUGCUGAGGAAACUGGGUUUGCACAACCCGAAGAAGUUCUGCACAAACCUUCAGAAACCGUCUUAGGGAAGCCCAUCUUCGGCAAAUGCUCACCUUCGAUGGCCACUGGCACGCUGGAGAAGUGUGCUCUUCACUGAUUAAUCCCGGUUUCAAAUGUACCGGGCAGAUGGCAGACAGUGUAUGGCGUCAUGUGGGCGAGCGGUUUGCUGAUGUCAACAUUGUGAACAGAGUGCCCCAUGGUGGCGAUGGGGUUAGGGUAUGGGCAGGCAUAAACUACGGACAACGAACACAGAGUUCCUGAAGCCCAUUGUCGUGUAUUUCAUCUGCCGCCAUUACCUCAUGUUUCAGCAUGAUAAUGCAAGGACCUGUACACAAUUCCUGGAAGCUGAAAAUGUCCCAGUUCUUCCAUGGCCUGCAUAUUCUCCAGACAUGUCACCCAUUGAGCAUGUUUGGGAUGCUCUGGAUUGACGUGUACGACAGCAUGUUCAAGUUCCUGCUAAUAUUCAGCAACUUUGCACAGACAUUGAAGAGGAGUGGGACAACAUUCCACAGGCCACAAUCAACAGCCUGAUCAACUCUUUGCAGAAGGAGAUGUGUCAAGCUGCAUGAGGCAAAUGGUGAUCACACCAGAUACUGACUGGUUUUCUGAUCCAUGCCCCUACCUCUUUUUAAGGUAUCUGUGACCAACCGAUGCAUAUCAGUAUUCCCAGUCAUGUGAAAUCCAUAGAUUAGGACCUAAUGAAUUGAUUUCCUUAUAUGAACUGUAACUCAGUCAAAUCUUUGAAAUUGUUGCAUGUGGCGUUUUUAUAUUUUUGUUCAGUGUAAUAGGGGAAGGGAAUGAAAAAGGAGGAGAGAGGAAUGUCAGGAAAAGAGAGGGGGGAGGGAAAGGAAGAAGUGAAGGAAUGGGGUGACGCUGUCUGAUGAAGGUAGUGAUGAAAGGAGAGAGGUAUCUCUAAAUGGACUCCUGGCUCCUGGAGGGGUUGAGCUGCAUACUGGACUUGUCAUUUGGAGGGAGUCGGGGUCGGGCAGAGGUUAUACAGUCAGGAACUGGCCAGUUUCUGCUCUCUCUCUCUCUGUCUGGUGAUACCUCAACCUCUAAGGACCGCUGUGUGCGUGUCCGCAUAUGGGUUUGUGUGUGUGUGUGUGUUUCUAUAUACAGUGGGGAAAAAAAGUAUUUAGUCAGCCACCAAUUGUGCAAGUUCUCCCACUUAAAAAGAUGAGAGAGGCCUGUAAUUUUCAUCAUAGGUACACGUCAACUAUGACAGACAAAUUGAGGAAAAAAAAUCCAGAAAAUCCCAUUGUAGGAUUUUUAAUGAAUUUAUUUGCAAAUUAUGGUGGAAAAUAAGUAAUUGGUCACCUACAAACAAGCAAGAUUUCUGGCUCUCACAGACCUGUAACUUCUUCUUUCAGAGGCUCCUCUGUCCUCCACUCGUUACCUGUAUUAAUGGCACCUGUUUGAACUUGUUAUCAGUAUAAAAUACACCUGUCCACAACCUCAAACAGUCACACUCCAAACUUCACAAUGGCCAAGACCAAAGAGCUGUCAAAGGACACCAAAAACAAAAUUGUAGACCUGCACCAGGCUGGGAAGACUGAAUCUGCAAUAGGUAAGCAGCUUGGUUUGAAGAAAUCAACUGUGGGAGCAAUUAUUAGGAAAUGGAAGACAUACAAGACCACUGAUAAUCUCCCUCGAUCUGGGGCUCCACGCAAGAUCUCACCCCGUGGGGUCAAAAUGAUCACAAGAACGGUGAGCAAAAAUCCCAGAACCACACGGGGGGACCUAGUGAAUGACCUGCAGAGAGCUGGGACCAAAGUAACAAAGCCAACCAUCAGUAACACACUACGCCGCCAGGGACUCAAAUCCUGCAGUGCGAGACGUGUCCCCCUGCUUAAGCCAGUACAUGUCCAGGCCCGUCUGAAGUGCAUUUCGAUGAUCCAGAAGAGGAUUGGGAGAAUGUCAUAUGGUCAGAUGAAACCAAAAUAUAACUUUUUGGUAAAAACUCAACUCGUCAUGUUUGGAGGACAAAGAAUGCUGAGUUGCAUCCAAAGAACACCAUACCUACUGUGAAGCAUGGGGUUGGAAACAUCAUGCUUUGGGGCUGUUUUUCUGCAAAGGGACCAGGACGACUGAUCCGUGUAAAGGAAAGAAUGAAUGGGGCCAUGUAUCGUGAGAUUUUGAGUGAAAACCUCCUUCCAUCAGCAAGGGCAUUGAAGAUGAAACGUGGCUGGGUCUUUCAGCAUGACAAUGAUCCCAAACACACCGCCCGGGAAACGAAGGAGUGGCUUCGUAAGAAGCAUUUCAAGGUCCUGGAGUGGCCUAGCCAGUCUCGAGAUCUCAACCCCAUAGAAAAUCUUUGGAGGGAGUUGAAAGUCUGUGUUGCCCAGCGACAGCCCCAAAACAUCACUGCUCUAGAGGAGAUCUGCAUGGAGGAAUGGGCCAAAAUAUCAGCAACAGUGUGUGAAAACCUUGUGAAGACUUACAGAAAACGUUUGACCUGUGUCAUUGCCAACAAAGGGUAUAUAACAAAGUAUUGAGAAACUUUUGUUAUUGACCAAAUACUUAUUUUCCACCAUCAUAUGCCAAUAAAUUCAUUAAAAAUCCUACAAUGUGAUUUUCUGGAUUUUUUUUUCUCAUUUUGUCUGUCAUAGUUGACGUGUACCUAUGAUGAAAAUUACAGGCCUCUCUCAUCUUUUUAAGUGGGAGAACUUGCACAAUUGGUGGCUGACUAAAUACUUUUUUUCCCCACUGUAUGUGUGUGUGUUUGCUCAGGGCACAUGUCAUGCAGUGUGUCGCCAAUGUGGCGUCAAAGGCCUUUUCCCCAACAGUCAGUGAGAUAAGAGGAGAUAAGCUUGACCUACAGUGUGUGUAUGUGUUUACCAAGCAGAGUGAUCAGAGAAUAUCAAACCCAUGCCGCCUUUCCAGACCCCUGGAUGAAACCCCCUCCACCAUUCCAGACCCCUGGAUGAAACCCCCUCCACCAUUCCAGACCCCUGGAUGAAACCCCCUCCACCAUUCCAGACCCCUGCAUGAAACCCCCUCCACCAUUCCAGACCCCUGCAUGAAACCCCCUCCACCAUUCCAGACCCCUGCAUGAAACCCCCUCCACCAUUCCAGACCCCUGCAUGAAACCCCCUCCACCAUUCCAGACCCUUGCAUGAAACCCCCUCCACCAUUCCAGACCCCUGGAUGAAACCCCCUCCACCAUUCCAGACCCCUGGAUGAAACCCCCUCUUUUCUUCAUUUUAUAAAAUAAUUAGUGUUAUCUUGAAUCACCUCAAUAUAUCAGUGACUUACAUCCUCCGUGGUUGGCUUAAACCCCAUUUCCCUAAACCCCACAGACGGUGCAGCUGCGUCUGAGUUGUGUGUGUGUAAAGUGAUGUCACCAUGGAGCUGAAGGGUGUUGUCAUGUUUCCACAGGGCUGCCCAGGAGAUAGUUGAGGAUAUCCGGCAGGGGGUCGGGACCCGCUAUGGGGCCGAGAAACUGGCCGAGCUCUGCAAACUGCUGCCUGACACCGACGAGGUAAAGACUCUGCUCCGUGUCCUCUCCGACACACCGGAGCUCCUACUGCAACAGCACUGACUAGCCUGUAGCCCCCCACCCCUCUCUUCAUCUGGUUCUGAUGAUCCUGAUCAACAGUUUGCCGUUACACCAUCGUCUCAGAGUUGAGAAAUGCUUACUGACAAUACAUGUUGUAAAAGAUGUUGCCAAUGACUGCACAUGGUUAUAAGAAUAUAACAGUAAUAAGAAUCACCCUGGGUGAUGGUGGUUUUACCACUGGACUCAAGCAAAGCUCUGAAUUCUAAAGAUUAUUUCUGAAGAUUCUAAUAAAUUGAACCUGGGUGGAAUUCCCAAUAAAAGGAGUGAGGCUUGUAGAAUGUAACAGGAAAUCUGACUGAUAAGGUCUCUAAACUGUCUGUCUGGGUAUAUUCACAGGAGGCUCGUCUGAAGAGGUUCAAGGGAGAACGCAGUGUGCUUGGGGAGCCUGACCUCUUCAUGAUUCUGCUAGUGGAAGUCCCCAGGUAUACCACACAACCCUAGAACUGUUAACGCUUCACUAUUUUCAACUAUUACAAACCCCUAACCUUGAAUUUCAAACUAUGGUGCAAAAUACUCCAAUUGAUCUGCUUUUCUCAGGGUGACUGUCUAUCGCCUCAUUUUGCAGUGACCCCCACCCUCCACACACCAAUUGUUGAUUCACUGACUUUCCACUCUGUGCUGAUGUGUGUGUCGUGAGUAUCGAUAAGGCUCUAACCACCUUCCUCUCCUCUGAUCCUCCUCUCCUCUCCUCCCCCUAUCCUCUCCUCUGCUCCCCCUCUCCUCCCCUUUUCUCCCCCGUUAGCUUUCGUCUGCGUCUGGACUCCAUGAUCCUGCAGGAGGAGUUUGACUCCGCCGUGACCUCUCUCUGUCUGGCGGCCAGAUGUCUGAGGGAGGCGGCCAGAGGUAAACCAUCAGCAGGGGCUUUUAGUUAAGGGUACAUCCCAAAUGGCACCCUAUUCCCUAUAUAGUGUACUACUUUUGACCAGGUUCCAAAGGGCUCUGGUCAAAGGUUGUGCACUAUGUAGGGAAUAGGGUGCCAUUUGGGAUGAACCCUAGGCCUACUCUACUCCCUAUCACUGCCCUUUUAAAGUAUUUGAUAUGGCCGUUCACGUCCAUACCAUUCACUUCCCCUUUUAGCUCUCUUGUCUUGUUUGAGUUUAGUAUGAAAUGGUGGAAGUAUUCUUUUUAGUUCAGGCCUAGUCUACUGUUCAUCACCGUCGGCAGGUAGCUUAGUGGGUAAGAGCGUUGUGCCAGUAACCGAAAGGUCGCUGGUUCUAAUCCACCAGCCGACUAGGUGAAAAAUCUGUCGAUGUGCCCUUAAGCAAGGCACUUAACCCUAAUUGCUCCUGUAAGUCGCUCUGGAUAAGAGCGUCUGCUAAAUGACUAAAAUGUAAAUGUCCCUUUAAAGCCCUUUGUGGCCCAUCCACUUCCACUUUUAGAUAAGACCAAUGUUUUUUUAGUUUCCCCUUUAAUCACCAGCGGGGGAUAUAGUUUCCCCUUUUAAGUGCUCAGUCUUGUUUGAGUUUAGUCUGGGAUGGUGAUCUGAAGUUGGUUCAGAAUUAGUGACGUUAUGUACUGUAGGUUACAGAUGGGCCACAGGUGUUGGAUUUUGCACGUGGGUUUUUGUCUAAAGAAGAUAUGAGAAUUUUAUUCACCAGUUUUAUGAAGGGUCGCUGGCAGAAGACAUCCAAGUUAUCGGAAACAUUGAAGUUAGCAUCUAAGUGAUGUCGAAGGUUUAUUGGUGUAAGACAGAAUUACUAAAUAAUUAAUUUCUAAACAUGUCUCUCUGUCUCUCUCUCUGUCUUUCUGUCUCUACCUCUCUGUGUGUCUGUCUGUCUGUGUCUCACUCUCUCUCUCACACACACACACACACACAGAGCUGUUGAGCUGUCCUGAGCUGCACUCCAUCCUCCGUCUGGUUCUGAAGGCAGGAAACUACAUGAACGCUGUGAGUAUGUUGUCAUGUUUUCUCUUUCUUUCUUCUUCUCUUUCUACCUUUCAGAUGAAAGAGCCGUCCUUUAUCUGACUGGGAGCCGCUCUGGCUGCACCUGGGUUUUGUAAUGUUGUGUUUGUUUAAGAUGUUGUGUGUGUGUGACCUCUUUUCACUGACCUACUGUAUUUGACCUCAGGGUGGGUACGCAGGCAACGCAGCAGGGUUCCGAAUCCCCUCUCUGCUCAAGCUGGCCGACACCAAAGCCAACAAGCCUGGCAUGAACCUCCUGCACUUCGUGGCCAUGGUAAGACCUGAUCUAGGAUCAGGUACCUUUUGCCUAUAUACUGUAGCUGUAUUCAUCAUCUAAAAUGCAAAACUGAUCCUACUGUAGAUCAGCACUCCUACCCCGACGUCGUCAAUUAUACACCUUCCUAAUAUUGAGUUGCACCCCCCCUUUUGCCCUCAGAACAGCCUCAAUUUGUCAGGGCAUGGAUUCUACAAGGUGUUGAAAGCGUUCCACAGGGAUGCUGGCCCAUGUUGACUGCAAUGCUUCCCACAAUUGUGUCAAGUUGGCUGGAUGUCCUUUAGGUGGUGGACCAUUCUUGAUACACACGGGAAACAGUAGAGCGUGAAAAACCCAGCAGCAUUGCAGUUCUUGACACACAUCGGUGCGCCUGGCACCUACUACCAUACCCUGUUCAAAGGCACUUAAAUAUUUUGUCUUGUCCAUUCACCCUCUGAAUGGCACACAUACACAAUCCAAGUCUCAAUUGUCUCAUUGCUUAAAAAAUAUUCUUUAACCUGUCUCCUCCCCUUCAUCUACACUGAUUUGAAGUGGAUUUAACAAGCGACGUCAAUAAGGGAUCAUAUCAUUCACCUGGUCAGUCUGUCAUGGAAAGAGCAGGUGUUCAUAAUGUUUUGUACACUUGGUGACCCUCGAAGUGCAUUACUUUAAUUUAUCUUUAUGUCAAGACUUACCUAUAGCUGUCGCAGUAAUAUGCCACACAUCUAAAUAAACUCUCUCUAGAUGCAGUUCAAAGACAACAACAUUAAUCCCAGACUUCUCUUUAUUGCAGACUAACAAUCAUCUGACAGACUGCACAUUUAGUUAUUUUCUUAUUUAGCUAAAUUGUUCAAUUGGCACAGAUGAAACGGGUCUUCAGAAUCUCUUUUAAACUAUGUGUUGGGUAUUUGUUGUAUUUGACCAACCAUGAAUUAUUACAUUCACAAUAACCACAUCAACACACUGAAUCAUGACACAAUGCAAUGAUUCAUCCAGAAUUAUGACAGCUCACUGUGUGAAACAAUAGCUGGAUCAGCUCCGUCUCUGUCUCCACAGGAAGCGGUGAAAAAGGACCAGAGUUUACUGUCGUUUCCUGGCCAACUAGGACAUGUCGGCCCCGCCUCCAGGUCAGUAAGAGCCAGUAAUACAGAUCCCACAAGAUUAGAAUUGCCCCCCUUCUGCCUUCCUCAUAGGGACUGGGCAACGUUCAGUUGCCAAACGCUGUCGAACUUUGCAGAUAGAAAUGCCAUGAAUAGAGCCAGCAUGAUUCCUUGUUCUACAUGUCAGAGGCCAUGUUUCUUCUAUAUUUCAUAUUUCUAUCCGAAAGUUCCAAAACGUUGCCCUGCUGAACGCGCCCCUGUUCUAAUAGCUUGAAAAUCUACCUUGGGGCAAAAACAGAUCUUUGCGUGAUAUGCAUAUAAAGAAAGGUUUUCACUUCAUUGCUUUUAACCAAUCCAGCAGAUCUGUAAUUAAUUAAUUAAACGGAGUAAAGAAGGAAGGAAGCAAUCUGAAGUGUUUGAACGUGGCCCGUGGGGUUCUGGGGAACAUAUGAGAUCUGCGCUAUAACAUCAAUAAACCCCAGCAGGCCACACACACACACACACACACACACACACACACACACACACACACACUACGCCCCACACAAAAUACUCCCCACAAAGCUGCUUUAAGACCAGUUUCAACAGGACUGUAUUGUUACAGUACUGUCCAGCUGUUAGUGAUAUAGCUAUCCCCUUGUUUUAAUAUGGCUCAUGACAACAUUUCUGUUUCAAUCCAAUAUCACGGCUGUGUUGGGUUUGGUUUGGUUAGCUAUGUAGGACACUUAGAUUGAGUCCCAAAUGGCACCCUAUUCUGUAUAUAGUGCAAUACUUUUCUCAAUACACUAUGAAAGGGAAUAGGGUGCCAUUUGGGACGCACCCUUACUGUCAGUUACUCUGUGGGUAUCUGUGUUACUGUCAGUUACUCUGUGGGUAUCUGUGUUACUGUCAGUUACUCUGUGGGUAUCUGUGUUACUGUCAGUUACUCUGUGGGUAUCUGUGUUACUGUCAGUUACUCUGUGGGUAUCUGUGUUACUGUCAGUUACUCUGUGGGUAUCUGUGUUACUGUCAGUUACUCUGUGGGUAUCUGUGUUACUGUCAGUUACUCUGUGGGUAUCUGUGUUACUGUCAGUUACUCUGUGGGUAUCUGUGUUACUGUCAGUUACUCUGUGGGUAUCUGUGUUACUGUCAGUUACUCUGUGGGUAUCUGUGUUACUGUCGUUUACUCUGUGGGUAUCUGUGUUACUGUCAGUUACUCUGUGGGUAUCUGUGUUACUGUCAGUUACUCUGUGGGUAUCUGUGUUACUGUCAGUUACUCUGUGGGUAUCUGUGUUACUGUCAGUCAGUCAGGACCUAGUAAUGAGCGACAGCGUGCUCCUGCUGGGGCAGUCUUGAAUGUAUUACGUUGUCUGUCAGAUGAAAAUAACAGCUUGAUGUAGGUCACACCUUGGGAACCACUGCUUUGAGUUAUAAUCUAAGUAACGGCAUCUUCUGAAACAAAGAUUCCCAUAUGGUUUGCUUUGCCGCAUGCUAGUCUCACGGAUUGCAGCAAAAGGUUGGGUUGUGGUUAAAAAUGCAUGGUUUUAUCCAGAGCCAUACAUUUUGGCCAACUUUUAGAACAGACGCCAUCUAUUUGUUGGGUCACAGAAACUCACAGCAUUCACUUUACUAUCAUCUAUGAAGGUAGACUCAGCAAAUUGACGUUGCCACGAGCAGCACCAGAGAUAUUGAGAUGAGCAAGAUGCAACACUUCGCUCUCACACAGUCACACACAGUAUCUGCGCAUGUGUACGGGUUUGCUUCACGCUGUUCGUGCUCUUUAGUUGUUACUGUUAUUGACCCACUAUGCUGUUUUACUUUCUGCAUCUACCUCUUAUCGCUGAGUCGACCUUUAAAUGUCAUGUAAAGUGAUGCAUCUCUCUCGUCUGUCUUCCUAUAGGUUGUGUGAGGAGUCUGUAGUAGAGGAUCUCUCCAGGCUCCACAGCCGUGUGGCAUCCCUCAGGAUCAGUGUCCAGACGGAGGCAGACAUCCAGCAGCUCACACAGCCUUUCCUGGAGGUACGGAACUGAACUAGAUUCUAGAACAUGGAUUUAGAACACACAAUGAUCUAGAACUCACACUGACCUAGAACAUACAUAAUUCUAGAUCUACAACAAUGAUCUAUGGUGUCUAGUGAAGUUAGAAUUUAUGAACUCACAAAGAACAAAACUGAAACUCACAUGGCUUUGGUUAACUCUGAGUCUCUUCCCUCCAUAUUCUUCCUCCUUGUUCAAAAUGCAGAACAGUGAGUCUAAUCUCGCUCUCUCCUAUCCAUCUCUCUCUAGGUGGCAGAGGAGCGUCUGAAGGAGGCGGAGGAUGAGGUGGAGGGGAUGAGGAUGUCCAGUCAGGCUCUGGUCCAGUUCUUCUGUGAGGAUGACAGCACCUUUAAACUGGAGGAGUCCUGCAGGGUCUUCCACUCCUUUUGCCUUCGCUUCCAAAGAGCCGUACAGGUGAGACCGACUGCUUUACAUCAAGCUGUCUGCAUGGGUCCCACUACGUGGCCAAUCUGCAAAGUCCAAAUUUUGUCCAUAUUGUAAAAAUGUACGAAAACAAAAAUAUGCCUUUUGGUCGUAAUUCAAGUUUAGGCAUAGGGUUAGGGUUGGGUUUAAAAUCUGAUUUUAAGAAGAUAAAUUGUAGAAAUAGGUUGGGCUUCCGACUUUGCAACUUGGGCAGAUGGAAUGUAGACAGACAGGAGUUCUAGACGGAUGAGGACAGAUAAGAUAGAGGCGAAGAUGCUUUGCUGAUAAAUGUUUCUUCUUUUACCUGAAACUCAUUUAACCCGUCAUGUUCCCUCUCAGGAAAACGCAGAGCGGGAACAGAAGGAGCAGAAGCGGAUGGAGCGAGAGCGAGAGAUGGUGGAGAAGCGUCGCUCCGUGGCUGUGUGUACAGAUCUGGACCUGGGUGUGGCUCUGGGUCGGGUGUCCCCACUGGGAACCCAGGAGAACCAGAAUGACCUAGAGAGAACCCUUGAGAACCUGAGCCACAACUGGAACCGGCGCAGCCUUAGAACCCAGGAGAACCGCAGGCACUCCCCCCACCUCCAGAACUUCACCUCCGACCUCCUCCAGAACACCACCUCCGUUCCUCUUCAGACAUCCCCGGGUUUGGGUAGAAACACAUCCCCCCAUCUCCACCUCAGCUCCUCCAACCUCCGUAAUACCUCCACCCACCUCCAGACCUCUCCAGGGCUGCCCUGCCCCACCUACCCCAGCCAGGAGAGACCGUCCCUGGGGACAGAGACCAGGACAGAGCCCCUGGUCCAUCAGCACCAACCAGUCCUGGAGACUAAGAGACCACAUCAUGAGGGGACAACUCAGACUCAAGUCUCACAACCGCAACAUGAACUGACUUCUAACGUCACUCAAACCCAGUGUGGACGUAGAUUCAAUGUCCCCCAAAACAGGCAGGACACUAUUGCCUAUGUCACCCAAACCCAACAUGGAAUUGUUACUAACGUCAUUGAAAGCCAACUUGAACCAACGGCUCGAGGGACUAAAACUCACCAUGAACGGACAGUUGAUGCCAGCCCGGACCAGCGUGUACUGACCACUAAGUCUAUGGCCAGUCCUCAUAGACACUCCUCCACUACCACUACUGCCAUUCCCAGUGUGAGAAGAAAUACCAUUGGUCUUAGACACAGGUAUGGCCUAGAGGUGACUGACCCUAUCCCCGUUUCUCAGGCGAAUCGCACAGACACCUCAGUCAGAGACGCAGUGCAUCAGAACCCUGACCUCGCUCAGCUCACAGGGUCAACGGUCACUCAGGUGACUCAGCAGCCCUUUGAGUGCCAAUCAGAAUCAUCCAUGGCCACUGACACCCCAGACAGUGUCCAAUCACAAUCCCAGGAGGCUAAGGGAGCCAAUGAGACCACACCAGGAAGUGCUGGUGACUUGGAGCUGAUGUUUUCACCUGAGGGAGGAACAACCCAGCAGAGGGAAACAGAAUCUGCCUCUAUACCAGUGGAACAGAGCUGGCUGCCUCCCAGCCUACCAGAGCUGAGCCCACAGCGGGCACAGGAAUGCCCAGAGGUCUCCAGCCCGGAGAGGGACCGGUCGUACCCACGUGUGGGCGAAACCCUUGAAUGCCACACCCUGGUCCGAGGCCUGCGUUCCUACGACACCCUAUCCCCUCCUCCCACCCCCACCACACCCCUCCCCAGAGCCCCACCCAGCCUCUGCUCCAAGUGGAGGAAAGAGAGGCAGGCGGAGACUCCAGGGGCUGGUGCUAGGUCUCCAAUGGGGAAAGAGGACUCUCGGAGCGGGAGGAACUCUCCUGUUGUCAGAGGAGGGGCUAAGCGGGGCUUGGUACCCCGUGCAGGUCUACCGAACAAUACAGGCAUCCAUAGGGUGCGUUUUAUUUCCAAACCAGAGACACAGACACCCACCGGCCCUGUUCCAAAUCCUAAUUUACAGACUACACCACGUUCCACUCAUCUGGCGUCCGUGCGCAGUGCCUCCAUACGCUCCUCCCCCAUCACACGUCCUACUACUACCCAGACAGAGGUGAAGCGGAGCAGUAGCACCAGGAGUGAGAGGAUCCAGGCUGGGGGUGAGAACCAGCAGCAGGCCCCAGGGAAACCCACCUUGACCCGCCGGGCAUCGGAGAGAGCUGGGCUGGGGCUUGGACCAGAGAGGGAGAGGACUUCUAGCACCAGCACCACUAGUAGUACAACUAGCAGCCAGCCAGCCUUUGUCAGAGGCUCCCCUCUCAGGGUGACCAAACGUCUCGCCCCCACCUCCAACUCUGAGACCCAACACUCCUCUCAGCCCCGCUCCACACACAGCCCAUCCUCUGCUAUGGCUAAAACCAUCCGUACAGCUGUUAUAGCUGCGGCCAGGACUAAAACGGUCAAGACUAACCCUGGCACAGAGCCCUCUAGAGCUGCUGUCUCUGCCUGCAAAACCCCCACAGCAACACGGAUACCUGGACCUAAAAUGGCCCGUCCUGCCUCCUCGCCCAUGUGGAAGUGA